AGGCUUUGGCCGUGACGCAAUGCGGACGCGCGGCGCCCUCCUUCUCCUCGCCCUCUCCUUCGUCGGGGGCCUGCGCCCCCGCGAGCGGUCGCUCCCGUCCCUCGCGGCUCGGCUCCGCGGCGGCGAGAGCUUCUGGGGUCCCGGCGACGACGACGCCGACGCGGCCCACGAGGAGUCGCUGCCCGACCACGCGCCCGAGGACGACGACGACGACGACGACGACGAGGCGCGCGCGGCGAAGGCGGCCCAGCGCUGGACGCGGCGCGCCUUCGAGGCGGCCCACGAGGGCCGGUCCGGCGCGGCCGCGUCGGCCUUCAAGCGCGCGCUCCGCCUGACGCCGGGCGACGCUCCCUACCGCGCGGCGCUGCUCAUCAACGCCGGGUCCUACCUGGCCUUCAGCGGGCGCAGCGACGACGCCCUGCCGCCGCUGCGCGAGGCGGCGUCCCUCGCCCCCGACGAGCCGCGCGCGCUCCACGCGUUGGGCAACGCGCUCCACCAGUGCGACGCGCCCGCCGACGCGCUCGAGGUCUACGCGCGCGCGCUCCACUGCGCGCCCUCGGAGGACUUCCCGCCGAACGCGCCCCUGCUCAACAACGUCGCGACGAUCCUCCUCGCGACGGGGGAAAGGGAUCUGGCGACGGCGUCGCUCGAGCGGAGUUUGGAGAUCGAACCGCACGCGCCGGGCACGCUCUUCAACCUCGCCACGGCGAAAUACGGCGCGGCGCUCGACGCCGCGGCGGUGUCGUCCCAGCGGCGCGUGGCGCUGGCGACGGGCGGGCGCGCGCGGGUCCGCGCGGCCUUCUCCUCGGGGCUCUACGGCGAGCCCUCGUCGGCGUUCCGCGACGUGCUCGACCUCCUCGACGCCGCGGAGCCCCACGCGCCGCCGGGGUCGCCGCUGCGGGAGCGGGUCCUGGCGCUCCGGGCCUGCGCGUCGAACCGCGUGCCCGGCCGCGCGGAGCACGCGGCCGCGGACUUCGAGGACGGGCCUCGGGCGCUGCGCUGCCGGGCCCACGUCGAGCUGGGGUUGGCGCUCGCGCGCGACGCGUCGGCGCUCGACGAGGCGCUCGACCACCUCUUCCUCGCCGCGGAGCUCGGCGCCGGCGCGCCGAAGAUGGUCGAGGACGACGCCUCCGCGCCGCGGCUCGAAGCCCACGACGACGUCCGCUUCGCGCGCGUCGUCGCGUCGCUCACGCACAACGACGCGCGCGCGGCCGUCGACGCGCUCAUCCGCCACGUCCGCGCCGCGGCGGACCGCGCGCCCGCCGCGCCGCCGCCGGAGCCCAGGCCCAGCGGCGACGACGACUUCUAGGCCGCCCGCCUUUUCUCCUAACCAGUCCCCCGCU